AUGAGUAGUCGAAGGAGGCAUAUGCGGGAUGCAGAGGAUGAGCUCUACGACGGCCAGGGCCUGCCGCAUGUCACGCCCGAAGAGAACAAUGCCGCCGAGUUUGCCCACCUCGUGCUGACCGCCUGCGACACCGUCGACUCGCUCCCCCACUCGCUCACUCGGUCACUGUCCGAUCUCAAGGAGCUCGAUGCUGUCCUGAGCAGCGCCUUGCUCCAAAUCACGGGCAAGCUGCAGACCUUGCUGGCCAUGAUGGAGGAUCCCACCGUCAGACCUUCCACCCGGCUCACUCUCCUCUGGGAGAUCGCCGAGGAAGCUCGAGGGUUCAAGCUAGGCGGCGAGGAUAAGAUCAGAGUUGCUACUGGCACAUGCGACACUGUCGAUCACCAUACGCAGCAGCUCGAUAUGAUCGCCGCUCUGCUCGCUCAGCACCUGCCAGGGCGCGUCUUUGCGGAAAGGCCCUCUUCCUCCACGCCGCAUGGCUAUCCCGGUCUCUUCCCGGCAUACUGCAAUGGCUCGACAGAGCGCUUUCGUCAGGAAGCUGUCCCACCUGGCGCCCAGAUGCAAUAUCUGUCGCAGGCAGGGGGAAGCGCGUAUAGCAGUGCCCCUCGUACGACGGGCUACACUAUCCCGUACGCGUCCAGAGGGGCAGCUCAACCAACAUCGCAAUACGAUCAGCGUACCGCCUUACCCGCGCCCCGCCACGCUGGCCAAUCUAGCAGGCACGGGGGUCCAGCGCUGACGAAGCAGCGCGAUCCUCCGGCUUCUCGCACUGCGCUCUAUCCCGACAUCUACGCACAGGACCAGAUGUCUUCACAUGUACAGAGACAGUCCAAUAGCGAGAGCAAAGAUCAACGGAUCCACCACAACCAGUACACCAAGAGACGAGAACGGGAACAGCAUCUCGGCGGAUCAAACAUAUAUGGAGCUCCCGGCGAGCCACUUUCGCCACACAUUGCAGCCGAUUAUGACAUGCAGGGCGAGGUCUAUGCUCGUCCUGGAGCUGCCGCUGCCACCAACGGCGGGUCGCGCAAGACGAGCAAUGGUACCUCGGGCAAUGGCCGUACCAUCAGUCCUAAAAAGCCCCGCCGUCCUACUGCAUCGCAAGCAUAUUGUGAGUAUGGUAUCGCACAUUCUCCGACGAGCACGACGAGCUCGGUCAACGCGGUCACAAAGUCAGGCCGUGCGACAGGCAAGGAAAAGCGAGCAAGUCCCAGCUUUGAGAGACCUUCAGGCUCUCAGGGCGCAACAAAGCGCGGCCGAGGCAAGAAACCAUCUUACGAGAAUGGCGAAGCGAGAUCGCCUGCAAAUAGUACGAACUCUGCCUAUAUACCCGCCUCUAGGCCCGGUCCGAAACGAAAAGCACCGUCUGCCGCGGUGACGCGGGACCUGAUCGAUGCGCAAUUGUAUGAUAUCGCUCCUGCUCCUGAAGCGGAUGCUGCAGGGCAAGCGGAUGAUGGCGCAUACUGCCUCUGCGGUCAAGGCAGCUACGGUGAAAUGGUGGGAUGCGACGGCGACGAAUGCGAACGCGAAUGGUUCCAUCUGGCUUGUCUCGGCAUGAAGGAAGCACCUCGAGGCAGAUGGCUUUGUCCGGACUGCAGCAUCAAGCAGGGAGAGCCUGCGGCAAAGAAGAAGCGGCGCAACUAG